ACGGGGAGAAGGAGAUGAAGGGGAGAAGAAGAAGAAAGUCGAGUGGUUUUCAAAGUUCCUAACUUUUGAUCUAUCUCUCUCUUCCCAUUUCUCUUGGUUUGCAAUAAGGGGAAAAGAGAAGGUAGAGAGAGAGAUAGAGAGCGCUUUGACCAUCUCCUCCCACCAUUAAUGGUCCGUUCAAACCCGUCCUAAUUCGCCUUUUUCUGUGCCUCUCCUUCCCCGAACCUUUCCACCUUCUGCCAUUAAGACCGAUCUACCAUUUGUAAUCCGUCUUAUAUAUAUGCCCUCUGAAAACCGUCUUCAUCUUUCAUUUUCUAGAUUCUGAUCUCCCUUCAUGCUUGAUCUUAUCCCUCUAUUAUUCAAAGCUUGCAACUUUCUUGCUUGACGUAGUUUCCAGCUUCUAGUAGAUCCCCCGCUUUCUCCUUAUUUAGCACCCGGCGUAGAAGUUUGAUUAAUCGUGGUUAUUAGGGUUUGCGUCCCAGAAACCUUGGAAAAAAAUCCGAUUUUUUCCUCUACGUUCGAAAAAUUAACUCAGAUCUUGAUACGAAAUGGGUAACUGCUGCGCCUCGCCAGUUGAUCCAUCAGAGAAGAAGGAGAAGAAGGGCAAAAACGCGAAGGGCAAGAAGCCGAACCCUUACUCAGUUGAAUAUAAUCGAACGCCGAUCCCGGGCGCCCUGAAGCUUACCGUUCUCAAGGAGUCCACCGGCAAGGACAUUGGCAGCCGUUACCAGCUCGGCAGCGAGCUGGGAAGAGGUGAGUUUGGGAUCACAUAUCUCUGUAUCGAUAAGGACACGGGGGAGAAAUUUGCUUGCAAGUCUAUUUCCAAGAAGAAGCUGAGAACCGCCGUCGAUAUCGAGGAUGUGAGGCGGGAAGUCCAGAUCAUGAGGCAUAUGCCGCCUCAUCCCAACGUUGUGAGCCUCAAGGAUACUUAUGAGGAUGAUAACGCCGUUCAUAUUGUGAUGGAGCUUUGUGAGGGAGGAGAGCUGUUCGAUAGGAUUGUUGCCAGGGGACAUUAUACUGAGAGGGCCGCCGCUGCCGUUACAAAGACCAUCGUUGAGGUGGUGCAGGUGUGUCACAAGCAUGGAGUGAUGCAUCGGGACCUCAAGCCUGAGAACUUUCUGUUUGCCAAUAAAAAGGAAACUGCUGCUCUCAAAGUUAUUGAUUUUGGGCUUUCUGUGGAUUUCAAGCCAGGUGAGCACUUUUCUGAGAUUGUUGGAAGUCCUUAUUACAUGGCCCCAGAGGUUCUUAAGCGCAAUUAUGGUCCAGAAGUUGAUGUCUGGAGUGCUGGAGUUAUAUUAUACAUCUUGCUUUGUGGGGUACCACCAUUUUGGGCAGAAACUGAACAGGGAGUUGCUCAAGCUAUUAUUCGAUCUGUCGUAGAUUUUAAAAGAGAUCCAUGGCCUAAAGUUUCUGAUACUGCUAAAGACCUUGUUAAGAAGAUGCUUGAUCCAGAUCCCAAGCGGAGGUUAACAGCACAAGAAGUGCUUGAUCAUCCCUGGUUGCAGAAUGCCAAAAAAGCUCCAAAUGUGAAUUUGGGUGAGUCCGUUCGAGCAAGACUUCAACAAUUCUCUGUUAUGAACAAGUUCAAAAAGAGAGCUCUAAGGGUUGUUGCUGAGCAUUUAUCCGUCGAGGAAGUUGCAGAUAUAAAGGAAAUGUUCAAGAAGCUGGAUGUAGAUAAUAAUGGAAGAAUCACUAUUGAAGAGCUCAAAUCUGGACUUCACAGGCUUGGGCAUCAGAUUCCAGACGCAGAUGUUCAAAUAUUAAUGGACGCUGCUGAUGUUGAUGGUGAUGGAACUCUUGAGUUUGGAGAAUUCGUCGCUCUGUCGAUACACAUAAAGAAGUUGGGGAACGACGAGCAUCUUCACAAAGCCUUCGCUUACUUCGACCAAAACAAGAGUGGAUACAUUGAGAUCGAAGAGCUCAGUGAUGCCCUGCAAGAUGACUUGGGUCCCAAUUAUGAGGAAGUCAUCAAUGCCAUCAUAAGAGAUGUUGAUACUGACAAGGAUGGAAAGAUUAGCUAUGAGGAGUUUGCAGCAAUGAUGAAGGCAGGGACAGAUUGGAGGAAGGCGUCGAGGCAAUAUUCGCGCGAAAGGUUCACCAGCCUCAGCCUGAAGCUGAUCAAGGAUGGGUCAUUGCAGCUGAAAAAUGAUGGUAGAUGAACAGAACGAAAGAAGCCAUAGUUGUGAUAUGAGAGAACUAUCUUCUCUUCAAACUAAUGGGCUAUAAGAUUAUUCAUUUGAGUUCUUUUGUUUGCUUUGUUUCUUUAAACUCUCCUAUUCUUUACUAUCUGCUGCCUGUAUUCUUCUCAGUUUAGUUCAGUUGAGAACAGCUGAAGGAUUCUCUUGUUUCUGGAGCUCAACAGCUCUUCUGUUCAACGUGCAAACUAUGGAAAUGAGAGUGUAAAAAGAAGAAAUGGCUGAAGGGGCUGUAAAUAUGUAAUGCAUUGUUAAAGAAUUAGAUGACUUUGCCAAAAAAAAAA